AUGUCCUACCCCAAGGACGCUAUCGAACAUCCCGUUCAGAUUGAGCAUGCCGUCGCGAAGGAUUUGUAUUCCGUUAGCAGUGGUCAAUCCGCGAUUCCUAGCGAAGUCCCCCGUCAUGGUAUCGAUGCGGAGAUUGCCCAGUUCUUCGCAGAAACAGACAAGCCCAUAUACAUUGACCCUGAAACUAACAGACGUCUCCGAUGGAUGGUCCAUAAGCGGGUCCUGGUGGUGAUGGUCGUCACGUACUUCGCACAGACACUUGAUAAGGGAACAAUAAACUUCGCCUCCAUCAUGGGCAUUCAAGAGGACACCCAUCUUCACGGUCAACAAUAUGCCUGGUUAACCACUUGUGUAUAUAUCGCUAUUCUGGCAUGGGAGUUUCCUGCGAAUCGAUUAUUGCAGCGUCUUCCGGUGGCUAAAUUCCUGGGAUUCAACAUCACCGCAUGGGGCGCCGUGCUCGCCUGCACUGCCGCUUGCCACAACUUCGGUGGCCUCAUCACAGUCCGUACUUUACUCGGAAUCUUCGAGUGUGUUUGCCAGCCAGCAUUCGUCUUUCUGUCCACGAUGUGGUAUACUCGAGAGGAACAGCCGCUCAUCAUCGGCUCGUUUUACUCCAUGAACGGAUUUCAGCAAUGCGUCGGUGGCUUGGUCGCUUAUGGGAUCGCCCAUAUCCACGGUGGUGCACUUAAGAACUGGCAAAUCCUCUUUACGCUGCUGGGAUGCCUUACUGUUGUUUGGGGCUUAUUUGUGACAUGGUGGCUCCCAGACUCUCCGAUCCGCGCAAAAUGCUGGUCUGUGGAAGAUCGUCAUCUUAUCGCUGAGCGAGUCAGGGCAAACAACACGGGCCUCCAGAACAAGGAAUUCAAGACGUACCAAGCAUUGGAGGCGCUGCGCGAUCCCACCGUUUGGAUGGUGACCUUGAUUUCCUUCACGAAUGCUUUGCCUACGGGCGGUCUGGGCGCGUUCAGCAACCUUAUCAUCAAGGCAUUCGGCUACACCACUUUGCAAACAUACUUAUUGGCUAUUGCUCAGGGAUCUAUCAUCAUGUUCUUCCUCUUCUCCGCCGCGUGGCUCUCGAAAAGGUACAAGCAACGUUUGCUAUGUGCAUUCAUAUAUACGCUUCCAAACAUCGCCGGUACCAUAGUGUUCUUAACGGUGCCCACGAACCAGCAUACUAAGGUUGGAUUGUUACUCGCCUUCUACUGCAUGCAAGGGUUCGGAGCCGUUGCAGUUCUCAACUUGGCUGUUAUGUCCGGUAACGUCGCUGGUCGGACAAAGCAAGUGAUGGCGAAUAGUUUGGUCUUCAUUGCAUGGGCCGUUGGAAACGCCAUCGGGCCUCAGGUAUUUCGAGCCAAUGACGCACCUCGCUAUACACACGCCUUCAUCUCGCACAUGGUGCUAUACGGUAUCCAAUGCUCGACGAUCGUCGCCCUCCGCAUCCACCUCAUGCGUAUGAAUGUACUCAAGCGACGCGCACAGGGGAAGCCCGAAAUCGAGGUUGGAGGCGCAACCGAGGAAGAGCACCUCGAGAACAAGCACGCAUUUGAUGAUCUCACAGACAAGGAGAAUCCUGACUUCCGCUAUGUAUACUGA